CGUUCCGUUCCGGGAACGAACGCCUUGGCCAUUCCUUUAAUACUCUCAAUCAUGUACCUCGUUCGAAACACCAUUCGCACUGGCUUGCGCGCGCAAUCUCGUAGAUUUGCUACUGAGACGCCCAUCCAGACCAAGAACGCCUAUCUUGCUCAGAUUGAAGAGGUAGAGCAUCAUGCAGCACAAACCACUGAACUCUGGAGGAAAAUCAGUUGGUAUGUUUGCAUUCCCGCUAUUGCUGUCUGUGGAGCCUGGGUAUACAACCUUGAGACCGAACACAAGCAACAUAUCGAACACUUGAGGGCCGAGAAUGACGGUGUACUACCUCAGCCUCCUUCCUACGAGUACUUGAACAUCAGGCGGAAACCAUUCCCCUGGGGCCGCAAUUCCUUGUUUUUCAACUCUGAGGUUCAAAAGGAUAUGACAGACGCUUAAACCACACAUAGAUCUCAUCAUCUCCUGUCGUUGAAUUAAGAGUGAAUUCUUGGGACGAUACAUCAUUUUGUUCGAAGUCAACCCUUUUCCUACUUCCGACGAUGUGAAGUUGGCGGU